GAGAGAGAGAGAGAGAGAGAGAGGGAGGUGUACUGUAAAUUGUAAUGGGAACUGGAAGAAGAAGAAGAAGAAGAAACAAACUCCCAUAGCUGUCAAGCUGAUAUGUAAUGUAAUGUAAGCACCGUGCAUUUACGCGCAUCAAUCCAAACCUCUCCUACUCCUUCUCUACUUCCCUUCCCUUCCCCUCGCCGCUUCCAAUCACUCCCAAAUCUCCAUGGGGAAAACCCAUCCCAUCGCUGCAUUUUUAGUAAUGCUGCUCGCCACUGACAGCUUUGUAGCUGGUCGCAUUUACUCUUCCAGGCUCAUCCACAGGUUCUCCGAUGAAGUGCAGGCUUUGUUGAUGGGGACCGGAACCGCGUCGUGGCCGGAGAGGAAGAGCUUCCGGCAUAUGAGGUUGCUUCUGGGGAAUGAUUUGAGGCGGCAGCGCCAGCGGCUGAGGCUUUGGCCUAAUAAUCAAACUCUGGUGGUUUCUCAGGGUGGCCAGACUUCCAACUAUGGCAAUGACAUGGGUUGGUUGCAUUAUGCCUGGAUCAAUGUUGGGACGCCAAACAAUUCUUUCCUCGUAGCCCUGGACACUGGAAGUGAUAUGUUUUGGGUCCCAUGUGAUUGUGUUAAGUGUGCUCCUCUGUCGUUGAGCAACUAUAACAAGUUGGAUAAAGAACUCGGAGAGUAUAGCCCGGCCCAUUCCAGUAGUAGCAAGCAGGUACCGUGCAGCCAUGAGUUGUGCGAAAUGGCGCCUAACUGUAACACUCCAAAGGAGCAUUGCCCUUACGCUACCAAAUAUAUGUCUGAUGACACUUCGAGCUCGGGAUUUCUUUUCGAGGAUCUGUUACAUUUGGCCUCAGCGGGAGGAAAUACACAUAAUAGCUCUGACCGUGCAACAGUAAUUGUGGGCUGCGGCAGCAGGCAAAGUGGUGAGUAUUUAGAGGGAAUUGCACCUGAUGGUGUAAUGGGAUUGGGACCUGGCGACAUUUCAGUUCCAAGUUUGCUUGCAAAGUCUGGUUUUGUUCCUCACUCAUUGUCAUUUUGUUAUGACAAGAGCUACUCUGGUCGGCUCUUCAUUGGGGACCGAGGGCCUCCAUCUCAAAAAUCCACUUCCUUUUUAGAUUCAGAGCAACGUGCCUACUUUGUUGAAGUGGAAAUGUAUUGUGUUGAGGGUACCUGCUUGAAGCAAACUGGGAACACAGCACAAGUUGAUACUGGGUCGACUUUCACCUUUCUUCCGGAUGACAGCUACGACCAAGUUGUUGCUGAGUUUCACAGACAAGCAAAUGCUUCGAGGACUACCUAUGACGUGUUUGAUUAUUGUUAUCAGGCUAGUGCACUCAAAGGCCCGAACAUCCCAAGCCUGAAACUUGUGUUCUCUUUGAACCAAACUUUUGUGGUUGAAAAUCCUACAUUCCAUGCUAUUGAGGAUGAGGUCGAUGUACGUUGUUUGGGUAUAUUGCGGAUAGAUGGGAAUAUCGGCCUCAUUGGACAGAACUUAAUGAUGGGCUAUCGAAUAGUUUUUGAUUGGGAAAAGCAGAAGCUCGGUUGGUCCGCCUCCAAUUGUGAGGAUAUUGAUGGAGUACAUUCGACUCCAUCCCCAAACAGCGAUGGCGCAUCUCCAAAUCCGUUGCCAACGACUGAGCAGCAAAACAACCAUAGCCGUGCAGUUGCACCUGCUUUGGCUGGGAGAGCUUCUCCAAGUCACUCGCCAGAUCUUUCGCCAUUUUAUUUUUGCUCGUUCCUUCAUCGAUCCUUCUCGGAUAGGCUCCGGGAUGGAUGAAUCGUGUGGGAUCUUUGAAGAAUCUUGGCUAAAAAUUAAAGGAUGAGUAGAUAGAUGCAAAGGGUAAGGUGGUUAUGGAUGGCUAGCUUUGUUUGUUCUUUUUUCUCGGGUCGAAUGGGGCGACAUUGACGUCGUCCUCUUGGCACUACAAGGUACGUUAGCUGCGGUUAGAUAUGAUUUUUGAAAGUUUUAGAGUUUUGAAAAUUUUGGUUAAUAGUAAAGUUAAAUAAUAUUUGAUAUAAUAUUUUUU